AUGGCUUUGCCAAGGUUGAUGAUUGCUGGUUUUGCAGCACUGGCCUCGGUAGUUUAUGCAAGCCCGUGUAAGCCAUCGUCCGUGACAGUCGUUACAACCUCUUCUACCGAAACUGCCACUGCUGCUUCAGGCUCAUCGUCCAUUGACAUUCACUCAUUUUCUUCUCUUUUCACCACUACUUCAGUUGAGACUUCGAUCACGUCCGAGUCUCGUAGUUCCUUUUUGUCUUCUUAUACAACAACUGCCUCGUCGGACUCUGUCUCAAUUGACUCGUCAUCCUUCCUAUCCACGGACACUUUCUCGUCACAGCCUACGUCUACAUUGCAAGCGACAUCAUCUGCGAAGCCUACAGCAACCACUGAACAGCCUACAACUACUAAUACCGAUAUGACCACUUCAACUAAAGCCACCACGACCAUCUCCCAAUGCAAUAGCGUGGAUCCACUGACGACAGUUGCCUUGGCCAACCCGACCCCUGUUUUUGAUAAUAUUGACCAUGACGAUGACUCUGUCCCUAUUGUCCUUCCAUUCGGUAUUGGGUCAAGUGGUUCAACUACUAUCUAUAUCAGCUCCAACGGAAUAGUAUCACUUGGCAGUGGGGCCGAUUAUUUCAUCAAUGAAGACCUCCCAUCUGGAUCCAUCCCUGCCAUAGCGUAUCUACCGUACUGGGACGAUAUGUAUAUGUCGAGAACGUAUAAAAACACAAUCGUCUACGAAGUGUUUGAAGGCAAAUUUGGUACCCAAGCUACUAUUGAGUGGGUUGUUGGCAAGGGUACAAACACCAUAUUUCAUUUCGACAUCAGCUUUUUACAGGACCAUCCCAAUGCGGUCAGAUUCCGGUACUAUACAACGCCAGACAAGGGGUCAAGCGCAACAGUCGGCACACAGGAUCGAGACAGUGGCAAGGUCAUUAAAAUUGGAUACAACGCGCCAAACAGUAUCGCGGAUGGUACUGCCAUAAUUCUGGACACUCAGUCCGGAAGCCAUGUGAUCCAAACUUUUGAUAACACUGAGUGUGGGAAGGACGCGGAUCGGAAUGCUGAUAGUGAAUAA